AUGGCCGAAUCACAGACAUUCAUCAGUGCUGCUGAUGGCAACGAAGUUUUUCAGGCGAAAUAUAUUCCAAAACAAAAAGGUCCUUUGACUUUAGACCACCCAAGUAUGAAGGCAUACAUCUCGACUUAUCCGCCUUUGGGUCAGCAGACGACCAUCCUCGGCCUUACAAAGGUCAUUACCGCUUUGUUGGAGGUUGAUGAAAGUCGUGCGAAUGAACCAUGGGAAUUGUCACUCCUUUAUAGUGAUGGAGAUCAGUGGCUAGAGUCUCCGAUGGAGCCCAUAGAGGAAACAGGUUCCCUACCAACAAUCCUGCAAACCGUGGCACCUUUGGGACUCCAUCGGUUAUACUUCAAAACAUCUCUCCCCUCUCGUCUCCCUACAAAUUUUACAGUGAAGUUUCGAAGCAACUCUGCUCAAUCUUGGAAGCUCGUGAAGGACCACCAGGGGAUGCCAGACGGUUCGAUAAUUCUAAAAACAGUCACUUCCCAAGAAAACAUUUCAAGUAAAUUAUCUGAUUAUGUUGAGAAUUUGAACCCCACGUUAGAGGCAAAAAACCACCGAAGCCAGUCUCCCGGUACCACUCUUUGGUCUGUACAAGUUCCGAUCGAGGGAGCUGUUGGGAAAGAUUCCGCUAUAAAGGAUAUCAAAUUUGGGCUUCCUUGGGGACAUGAUAAAUUGGCAAGGUCGGUUCAAUACUCCGUUGGUGAUCGUAGCUCACUCUUUGCUAAUUUGACUAGAUGGUUUGCACUUAUCCGUAUCUGGACUCCCUGGUUAGCCCCCCGACAAGGAAAGACUCAUUUUGACCUUGAUAAAGAGGCCGUAACCUGCUCUUUUUUAAGCUCGGAAGGCAAGCACAUUGUUUUACUAGCUAUCAGUGGAGUUAACAACGUGAUGACUCUGUUCAAGAGUGACAGUGAUGGCAGAGUCGUGCUAGAGGUUCGAAAUGACAACCCCAAAGAGUCCGUUGCUCAUAUCCUCGUUGGACUCGGUGAUGACUAUGAGUCGGCUAACGCAGCUGUAAUGUACCAUGCUAGAGAGGUAGUUGCAGCCUUCGAGAGUGCAUCUGGAGAAACACAAAAAGAGGUCGAGGCUCUCAACGAAGGGGAUGAGAAGACGAAGGUUUGGGUUGAAAAUUGGUGUGAUGGGUUGACGUAUUGCACAUGGAAUGCACUUGGGCAAAGAUUAACAGAAGACAAAAUACUUAAAGCUGUUGAUAUUCUGGCAGAGAAUAAGAUUAACGUUACAAACUUUAUUAUUGACGAUAAUUGGCAAGCCAUCGACUACAAGGGACAUGGUCAAUUUCAACACGGUUGGAUUGAAUUUGAGGCGGAAAGGGAGGCAUUCCCCAAUGGCUUGAAGCACACUAUAUCUCUUAUUCGAGAAAAGCAGCCUAGUAUACAGCAUGUAGCCGUAUGGCACGCAAUUUUAGGUUACUGGGGUGGUCUUGCCUCAGACGGUAAGAUUGCCAAUGCUUACAAAACAGUGGAAGUAAUUCGGCGAGAUUCUGAGAGGCGGAAUCUACCUUUGGGAGGCAAAAUGACAGUGGUCGCCAAAGAAGAUGUGCGGAGGUUCUAUAAUGAUUUUUAUUCAUUUCUUUCAUCCUGUGGGGUUGAUGCUGUCAAGACAGACGCCCAAUUUAUGCUUGAUCUCUUUGAGAAUGCUCAAGAUCGUAGUGAUUUGAUAUCCGCAUACCAAGAUGCAUGGACCCUUUCAACUCUUCAGCAUUUCAGUGUUAAGGCAAUCUCUUGCAUGUCACAGAUCCCGCAAAUCCUCUUUCAUUCCCAAUUGCCCCAAAACAGACCUCCAAUCCUCGUGCGGAACUCUGACGACUUUUUCCCCGAAAUUCCUACUAGUCACCCAUGGCAUGUCUUUACCAAUGCCCACAAUGCUUUAUUUACACAACAUCUCAAUCUAAUUCCAGAUUGGGACAUGUUUCAAACCGUUCAUGACUAUUCCGGUUUCCAUGCAGCUGCUAGAUGUGUUAGCGGUGGUCCAAUAUACAUUACGGAUGUGCCAGGUCAACAUGAUCUUGACCUCAUAAAUCAAAUGACUGGUCCCACUCCUCGGGGAAAGACUGUUAUUUUUAGACCUAGCGUCGUUGGCAAGAGUCUGGAUCAAUAUAAUGGAUACGACGACGACCACAUACUCGCAAUUGGGACGUACCAUGGCGCUGCCUAUACAGGAACUGGCAUCAUUGGCUUCUUCAAUGUAUCUCAGAGACCACUUAGCGAAUUAGUGCCAUUGUCCAAGUUCCCUGGUGUUGAGGAGGCACAAUUUUAUAUCAUUCGCGCCCAUUCUAGUGGGGCUGUCUCUAAGCCUAUGCAAGUAGUGGACUCGCAGGCUUUGAUAUACGUGUCUCUCGAUGUGAGAGGUUACGAUAUCUUGUCGGCCUACCCAUUGCGCGGGUUUGUCAACCAAGGGCAAGAAAAUACUACAUGGAUAGCUAACCUGGGUCUUCUCGGCAAAAUGGCUGGAGCGGCAGCGAUUGUCAGCAGCGAAAUGACGAAGGCGGAGAAUGGCAAGAUUACAAUUGACACGAAUGUCAAAGCUCUGGGAACUCUUGGCAUCUAUAUCUCUACUCUUCCGGACAUAUCAUACGAAGACCACUUGCUAGUCACUAUUCUUGGAAAGAUUCUCCCAAGUCACACAGUUAGCAUCAGCAAGACUGACCCCCAUGUACUUGAAAUUGACACAUUGACGGCAUGGAAGGAACUCGAGCUUUCCAGUGGAUGGAGUAACGAAGUGGAGGUAAAGAUACACAUUAACGGUAUAGCUUGA